CUCCAGGAACACCGGGCGCACAUUUUGAACCCAACCCCAACCCGCAGAUAAUUUAAAUCGGGGGCAGUGGCCGGCGGAGGAGAAGCGAAGCAGGCAAGUGUGGCUGCCGCCGUCUGAUGGCCAAGCUGCUCUCUUUCUCUUCUCAUCACUGUCGGCUUCUGUGGCCCAAACCGUCACUCAGGCUGACUCCAUUUUUCUCCUUACCACCAAGGUUACUCUUACUCGCCUUGUCUUCUCUCAAACCUAUCUCAUCAUCCUCACCACCACCAUCAUCCCAGCUAUAUCAGACCCUGCCCCCAACUCAAGAAGAAAAGAAGGUUAGCCCACUUUGCCCAUUGGAUGAGAGGUCAGCUUCCCUCCAAAUUGAUGAGGAGCAGCAGCAUACGCUCUUGAGGUUCCGUUCCAGUACAAUAGCGGCCAUUGUUACAUCCUUGGGCGGGCAACCAGGCGCUGUCGGCAUCGUUCGAAUCUCAGGCCCUGCUGCCGUCGACGUCGCUGCCACCGUCUUCCGGCCGGCGAAAAAGAGUAAGAGCAGCUCCAGUUCGGUUCGUUGGAAACCAAGAAGCCAUUUAGUCGAGUACGGUGUUGUCGUGGAUAGCGAGGGAAAGGUCGUCGAUGAGGUUUUGGCGGUGCCCAUGCUGGCACCUAGGUCGUAUACUAGAGAGGAUGUGGUGGAGCUGCAAUGCCAUGGGAGUGAUGUAUGUCUGCAUCGAGUUCUGAGAGCAUGUUUAGAGGCGGGAGCGAGGCUUGCGGAACCCGGAGAGUUCACACUUCGUGCUUUCCUAAAUGGGCGCUUAGACCUCUGUCAAGCAGAAAGUAUAGCCAGGCUUGUUUCUGCAAAGUCUUUUGUUGCCGCAGACACUGCAUUGGCAGGGAUGCAGGGAGGCUUUUCCUCUGUAGUCAGAUCGUUAAGGAUGCAGUGCAUUGAGAUACUUACAGAAAUCGAAGCUCGUCUAGAUUUCGAUGAUGAAAUGCCAACUUUGGACAUUGGGCUUUUGAUAAGCAAGAUAAAUGCUAUGUCACAUGAAGUCGAACAGGCUUUGGAUAUUGCUAAUCAUGACAAAUUUCUUCAAUCUGGAUUACAGAUUGCAAUUGUUGGCCGGCCUAAUGUGGGGAAGUCAAGUCUGUUCAAUGCGUGGAGCAAGAGUGAUCGAGCAAUAGUUACAGAUAUUGCUGGGACUACAAGGGAUGUGAUUAACACUGGUGUUACUGUUCGUGGUAUCCCAGUAACCCUUCUUGACACAGCUGGCAUGAGAGAAACAGAUGAUGUUGUGGAAAAAAUAGGUGUACAAAGGUCUGAAGCAGCCGCUUCUGGUGCUGAUAUAAUUAUCAUGACGAUAAGUGCCCUCGAUGGUUGGACAAUGGAUGAUGAAAAAAUUCUGGAGCGGAUAAAAAAUAACCAGAAAUCCAAUGGUGCUGUGACACCUUUGAUCUUGGUUAUCAACAAAAUAGAUUGUGCAACAUCUUCUUUUCAACUCCAGGACACGUUGGCAGGCACUUUUGUUAAGCAGGUAACAACAUGUGCCAUAACCGGGCAAGGGCUGCCUGAUCUAGAUUCUGCAAUACUUGAAGUACUAGGUCUUGAUAAGGUUCUCUCGGGUGGUAGGAGCUGGGCAGUCAAUCAGAGACAAGCUGAACAGCUUCUCAUUACCAGGGAAGCACUUUCAAGAUUGAAAUCAUCAAUUGCUGAAGAUCUGCCUAUAGAUUUUUGGACAAUUGACUUGAGGGAAGCUGCCAUGGCGCUUGGACAGAUAACUGGUGUUGACAUGUCAGAAGAGGUUCUAACAAAUAUUUUUAGCAAAUUCUGCAUUGGCAAAUAAUUUUUCCAGCUUAUUCGAGGAUUCAUUAAAGGGAGGUGCUGGAUGAUCCCACUGUGUUUUUGCUAUUUCAAGGGAAAAUUAUAUCUUUGUAUAUAUUUUGCUGGGUAUGAGCGUCGGUUCAUUCAUAAGUUAUCUUGUAGACACCUUGUUUUUGCUAUUUCAUCCAUAGUUGUGAUUAUGGAUGGACACUGCAGUUGCUCUCUUGCGGGAUGUACCUUGUUCUUUUCUCCCUUACAAUAUCGAUGGAUAUAGCUGGAGCAAGUGUUUUGUGAUUU